UAGCUGCCAAGUCAAGCAACCAACAAAUCAACACAAAGCAAAGCAAUCGGCUGAGCAGCAACAAUCAUCUCCGUCUCCAUCACAUCCAAUCCACUGAUCAAUUCCUCUUCUCACCAACUCCGAUCUGUCACAUUCUCGUCUCCCAUGGCGGCAGCCAACAAGUCCGUCUCACGGCUGCCGCAGCGGCUGGUGCUCCCGGCGGAGCCCACGCCGGCCGGCCCGCUCCGGCUGUCCUGGCUCGACCGCUACCCGACCCAGAUGGCCCUCAUCGAGUCGCUCCACGUCUUCAAGCCCGCCCCCGCCCACGACGGCGCGGACCCGGCCCGCACCAUCGAGCGGGCCCUGGCCCAGGCCCUGGUCCGCUACUACCCGCUCGCCGGCCGCCUCGCCUUCACGGACGACGGCGGGCAGUCCCACGUGGACUGCGGCGGGCCCGGCAGCGGCGUGUGGUUCACGGAGGCCGCGGCGGCGUGCGGGCUGGAGGACGUCGACUACCUGGAGCACCCCAUGAUGAUCCCCAAGGACGCGCUCCUCCCGCCCACGCCGCACGCCGCCGAGGAAGGCGACGAGCGGAGGCUCGUCCUGCUCGUCCAGGUCACCUCCUUCGCCUGCGGCGGCUUCGUCGUCGGGUUCCGCUUCAGCCACGCCGUCGCCGACGGCCCCGGCGCCGCGCAGUUCAUGGCCGCCGUCGGAGACCUCGCUCGCGGGGCAGAGUCCCUGUCAAUGGAGCCGCAGUGGGGCCGCGACGCGGUGCCCGACCCGGCCGGCGCCGUCGUGGGCGCCCUGCCGGACCCCGCCGGCGCGAAGCGGCUCGAGUACCUGGCCAUGGACAUCUCCGCGGACUACAUCGACCACUUCAAAUCCCAAUACAACUCCAGCAACAAUGGCGGCGGCGCCCGGUGCUCGGCGUUCGAGGUGCUGGUGGCCAAGGCGUGGCAGAGCCGCACCCGGGCCGCCGGCUUCGACCCAUCCGCCACCGUCCACCUCUGCUUCGCCAUGAACGCCCGGCCGCUGCUCCACGCGUCGCUCCCUUCCGCCGGCGCCGGGUUCUACGGCAACUGCUACUACAUCAUGCGCGUGUCGGCGCCCGCGGGGAAAGUCUCGGGCUCCUCCGUGCCCGAGGUCGUGAAGAUCAUCAAGGACGGGAAGCGGCGGAUGCCGGCGGAGUUCGCGCGGUGGGCGAGCGGGGAGGCCGGCGCCGGAGGGGAAGACCCGUACCGGAUCACGUCGGACUACCGGACGCUGCUGGUGUCGGACUGGACCAGGCUCGGGUUCGCCGAGGUCGACUACGGCUGGGGUCCCCCGGCGCAUGUCGUGCCGUUGACGAACCUCGACUACAUCGCCACCUGCAUCCUGGUGAAGCCAUGGGCGCACAAGCCCGGGGCGAGGCUCAUCACCCAGUGCGUCACGCCUGACCGAGUCGCUGCGUUCCACCAGGGCAUGCUCGACAUGAACUGAUUGAUCGAGCUUCAGCUGAGCUGACCGAUUGGAGAAGAUGGCUGAAGGCGGAAGGAAUCGAUUGACUGUUGAUUGAUUAUUUUGGCAUGCUUUGUACUUUCGGAUUGGUUACAUGGACGAAUUGGCUGACGGUGGAGUGUCAUUGGCUCAUUGCUGUGCAGUGAAGCUCAAAAUAACUUUCGGAAUUACUCUCUCCACUCUAAUAUCAAGUCACUCAAAUUUGUCUAAAUAUUAAUGUACGCAUGAAAAACGUUUAAAUA